ACCUGACCCCGUGAUAAACACCCUUUAAUUCCCCCAGUGUCUUACUGAUAUACCCAUGUAGCCUAUUUAAUGCAGUUCUACACGAGUAAAAUGUCAAUAUUGUAUAUACACGACAUGGCCAAAAGUAUAUGGACACCCGAACUUCGCAUGCGCAAAGCGAGCUCCAUGAAGACAUGCUGGAAGAACUCGAGAGUCCUCCUGACCUCAACCCCGCUGACGAGUUCGCUCCUGGGAUGAACUGCACCCCAGGGCUCCUCACCAACAUCAGUGUCUGACUCGACAGGACGUCAGACCAUCCGAUGAAACAUAUAUAUAUAUAUAUAUAUAUAUAGACUUCAAUAACAGACCCCUGUGCUUCCUCUAUUUUAACAACCAUCCUCUGCUCCAGUGUCAGCACUUUGUAACAGUCACAUCACUUUGUGAAGUCUCCCAGCAUGUACAUUUUUGGGGUGGUAAUAGCACUCCAGUUCACAACAUCACAUCACACCGUAUCGCAACACCACUGUAGGUUAUCUUAUUUUACCCUCAGAGUUGGCGCCAGCGUGCAUGCUUUUUAAAUGCAUCGUGGUUGGUGGUUUAAAUUUUAGCAGCGUGACUCGGUUCUCAGGAAAGUUACGCAAGUUCACGUUUAGGUUAGCACACGUCCUUUUUUUUUUUUCCUCAGAAUUUCUCUGAAUAAUUUCUAUCAUGUCAAAGGGAACGCAGCCAUACCACCACCUCGCUCAUACUGUACAUAUAUAUAUAAAGAUUAUAAAUGCCAUUGCUAUAUAUUUCUCAAAAUAAAUAAAUGAAAAGUAUGAACUGUGUGUAAUAGAUCACUCUUAGUACACCGCCCGCCAUGAGGCGUCUUGCUAUAACACGUUGCUCAACUCUGUAGAAACUUCCUGUUGCAUACUGCUAUUAACGUAUAUGUGUGUGUAUAUGUAUUUGUACGUUCUUGCUAUUAAUAGAACCAAAAAUCCCCCGAUGCUUUCCUGAACAUUUCCGAGCAGUGGUGUACAUGUAGAAGUAAAACGUCUACGUCAUGUUCCGCAUUGGUUAGAAGUGACUGAAAAGCAUGUCCGCUCAUCCGGAACACGUCCGUUUAGGAUGUGACUUUCAUCCUCGGUUACAUGUUUCUUCUCCGUACCAGUCGUGCUGUAAGACCACUCUGAAACGACCAAACGUUUGCAUGUGAGCUUAUGUAUGAACGCACCGGACGUACGUCCGUGGAGUACAUCAUUCGCGACAGACUUAUAACAUCGUAAAUAAACUACACGAAGCAUGUGUCAUUUCUCCUUCUCAAGAUGUUUUGACUCGAUAUCCAGUCUGAGACUCACCACAUCCCCUUACUGUAUAUGAUGUCACAUCGGCUGAGUCAUCUUUUAUUGAUCGGUAACACGAUGUAUACAACCCCAAUUCCAAAAAAGAGUUGGGACGCUGUGUCAAAUGUAAAUAAAAACAGAAUGCAAUGAUUUGUUCAGAGUCUUGCCCAAGGACACUUCGGUAUGUGGAGUCACGUGGGCCGGGACUCGAACCUCCAACCCUACGGUUAGUGGACAACCCGCUCUACCACCCGAUCCACAGAGAAAACAUAACAAAUGUUUAAACUGAGGAAAUGUAGCGUUUUAAGGAAGAAAAAAAUUCAAAAGUCUGCGUCUCUGAUGGUAUAGUGGUGCAUUAGUGCUUAUGGAAUGGGCAGCUUGCACAUCUGGAAGGGCAACAUCAAUGCUGAAAGGUAUAUACAGGUUUUAGAGCAACUUACACUUCAAUCCCAUCUUUACGUCUGAAAGACUCCGCCUCUCUAAGAUACUCUUUUUUUUUUAUACCCAAUCAUCUUAUAGACCUGUUCCCAAUCAACCUACUUAGUUGUGAAAUCUUCCUCCAGCUGUUUCUUUUCAGUAACACUUACUUUUCCAGCCUAUUGUUGUCUCCGGUCCCAACUUUUUUGAGACGUCUUGCGGCCAUCGAAUUUAAAAUCGCCUUAUCCCCCCCACCCCCACCCCCCUUUAAACGCUAGGCUGCGUUUCCUCACUUUAAACAUUUGACAUGUUUUCCGUGUUCUGUUGGGAAUAACGUACGGGUUUCGUGAGAUCUGCAAAUCGUCGCAUUCCGUUUUUAUUGACAGUUCACACAACGUCCCAACUUUUUUGGAAUUGCGGUCGUAUAUGAGACUGCGUAAGUGCCAGGCGCGUACACGUUUACUGUUGUAAAGAAAAUGUGCCUCGGAUCGUCGGUCCCAGGUACGCUCCGUGCAGAAGGAAAUGAGCUGGCAGGGUUUACUGAGUAUUUAGGAGGAUCUGUCACAGUACAUCUGGUGGGGUUUUCUUUUUGGUUGCGCAAGACGUUUGCACAGUACUGUAUAUCACACACACACACACACACACACACACACACAACUGAGAAAAAAUAAAUAAUUUUUUUUUUAAACCAUUGCCUGAUCAUUUUCCAAUCUGUCCAGUAUGGAAGACACGGUGUGUUAAGGUCGGAGUGGAAGAACCCGAGCGUCCUGCACAGAGCCAUGUCCUCAACCCCACUGUAGCUGAAUGAACACUAAUCCCCACAACCAUGCUCCAAAAUCUAGUGGAAAGCCUUCCCAUGAAGAGUGGCGCUUAUUAUAACAUCAAAGGGGGAAUAAAUCUGUAACGGGACGUUCAACAAACAUAUACCGGUGUGAUGGUCAGGGUGCACAAACUUUUGGCCAUAUUUUGUUUGUGUGUGUGUGUGUGUGCAUAUAUUGGAUCAUUUCCCUCAAUAAAUAAAUGACCGAGUAUAAUAUUUUUGUCUCGUUUGUUUCAUUGGGUUCUCAGUGUCUACUUUUAGGAUACACACUUGUGGCGUAGAGCGUUUCACAAUCUCUCGUGGUUUGUGGUCGGUGCGUAAUGAAGAAAUGUGGAAACCAGCGACUAUCACACACUCUGAGCUCAGAACUGAUUCUUCAUUUCAACAUCAACCGCUCAGAGUUCGUACAACGAGGUAAGGUGUAUUUCAUAUUUCUAUUCGAACGAGGUCACCACACAGGUCAGGUCUGGCACGUGCUCAUAUCUAACUGAACGCAUUUAUUUCAAUGACACAAGCUGUUUAUUGUGUACAGAUUAUCGAGAAGAAAUGAAAACCUCUCGGUUGUUGUGUGUAGACUUGGCCGUGAUGGUGUCGUUCCGGUUCGUUCGUCCUGCUUCUCUCCUCUUUCUGCUCGUAAUGACGGGAGUUGUUUCUCAGCAGCCGUGUACUCGGGAUUACUCUGUCUGCGCUGUAAGGGGAUCUACAGUGACCCUGGGCUGGACCUACACCUAUCCGUUUGUGUGCAACGUGUACUCUACUACAACGUCUUGCGAUCUGUUUACAGACCCUCAGUACAGCAGUAGGGUUCAGUACACUGUACAGUCACUGAAUUACUGCAGCGUCACACUGAGUGACGUGACGAUUCAGGACCAAGGGACAUAUCACUGCAAAACAGCUACAACUGAUCAAUAUGUUCACCUUUCUGUCACAGAGCUUCAGGUGGAGAUGGUUCCUGAGAGUGUGGUUGAAGGAGGUGAAGUCACUCUGAUGUGUAAAUCCACCUGCCGACUGACCAACACUCCGAUGUUCACCUGGUACAAAAAUGGAUGUUAUUUAUACUCCUUCUACUCCUUCUACGGGUCUGACCGGCUUCAUCUGCCAAGGGUCAGUCAGGCGGAUGCAGGAAGCUAUAGCUGUGCUGUACAGGGACAAAGUUAUCGCUCCCCUGCUGUCACGCUUAAUGUCCACUACGCCCCUAAAAGCGUCUCGGUGUCCAUCAGUCCCUCGGGUGAGAUAGUGGAGGGCGGUGUAGUGACUCUGACCUGCCGCAGCGAUGCUAACCCACCUGUGGAGACCCACACCUGGUAUAAAGACACCUUCUUCGUAGGAACAGGAACAACCUACACCAUCAACAGGGUCAGCUCUGAGGACAGCGGCGAAUACAAGUGCAAGUCCAGCAACCGAUACGGAGAGAAAUACUCAGACGGAUCAACUUUAAAUGUUUUGUAUCCUCCAAAAAGUGUCUCAGUGUCCAUCAGUCCCUCAGGUGAGAUAGUGGAGGGCGGUGUAGUGACUCUGACGUGCAGCAGUGACGCUAACCCACCUGUGGAGACCUACACCUGGUAUUUGGGCGAAUCCUAUAAAGGAACAGAAAAAACCCACACCAUUAUGAAGAUCAGCUCUGAGGACAGCGGAGACUACAAGUGCAAGUCCAGCAACCGAUACGGCGAGAAGUACUCCGAUAAAGUGACUGUAAAUGUCUUGUACGCCCCUAAAAGCGUCUUGGUGUCCAUCAGUCCCUCGGGUGAGAUAGUGGAGGGCGGUGUAGUGACUCUGACCUGCCGCAGCGAUGCUAACCCACCUGUGGAGACCCACACCUGGUAUAAAGACACCUUCUUCGUAGGAACAGGAACAACCUACACCAUCAACAGGGUCAGCUCUGAGGACAGCGGCGAAUACAAGUGCAAGUCCAGCAACCGAUACGGAGAGAAAUACUCAGACGGAUCAACUUUAAAUGUUUUGUAUCCUCCAAAAAGCGUCUCAGUGUCCAUCAGUCCCUCGGAUGAGAUAGUGGAGGGCGGUGUAGUGACUCUGAGCUGCCGCAGUGAUGCUAACCCACCUGUGGAGAGCUACACCUGGCAUAAAGGCAACCUUUUCAUAGGAACAAGAAAAAAUUACUUCAUCAUCAGGGUCAGCUCUAAGCACAGCGGAGAAUACAAGUGCAAGUCCAGCAACCGAUACGGCGAGAAAUACUCAGACGGAGCGGUUUUAAAUGUUUUGUGUAAGGGGUUUAUUGCAACUGACAUCCAGCUGAGCGACUGCUUCCUACUUAAAUAUUCUUACACUUCUGUUCUAUUGUCCUUUUUUACAGACGCCCCUAAAAGUGUCUCAGUGUCCAUCAGUCCCUCGGGUGAGAUAGUGGAGGGCGGUGUAGUGACUCUGACCUGCCGCAGCAAUGCUAACCCACCUGUGGAGACCUACACCUGGUAUUUGGGCGAAUCCUAUAAAGGAACAGAAAAAACCCACACCAUUAUGAAGAUCAGCUCUAAGGACAGCGGAGACUACAAGUGCAAGUCCAGCAACCGAUACGGCGAGAAGUACUCCGAUAAAGUGACUGUAAAUGUCUUGUGUAAGUGGUUUAUUGCAACUGACAUCCAGCUGAGCGACUGUGUCCUACUUAAAUAUUCUUACACUUCUGUUCUAUUGUCCUUUUACAGACGCCCCUAAAAGCGUCUCGGUGUCCAUCAGUCCCUCGGGUGAGAUAGUGGAGGGCGGUGUAGUGACUCUGACCUGCCGCAGCGAUGCUAACCCACCUGUGGAG